AUGUUCCAUAAAAUACUGUCACCUCUAACAAAUACACGUAAUUACAGCUUCGAGCUACUCACAACACAAAAACGAGUUGCUAUCCAGAAGGUCCGAAAACUGGCUUCGCCACAGAUAACUCGAAGAAUUUACACAAUGUCCAUCCCACCAAGACAGUCGAUGAUCAGGCAGACACGAUCGAAAACCCGCGCGGCGAAGGAGAGUGCAAAUCCCAACCUCCAAGUUGAGAUGGAGUCUCUGGAGGAAAAUCACUCGUCCAAUUCGUUUGAACCGUCGAUCAUUGAUGUCUAUGGAGGUGAUAAAUUUGAGUGCGGCGGUUGCGACAAACCGAACAAUUUCGAAUUAUAUAUGGUCCAAUGCCGAGGCUGUGCCCGUUGGUAUCACUUCUCUUGCGCCAACGUGAAGCAAUCGACGGUUCGGAGAGAAGCCUUUGCGUGUAAACUGUGUAUACCCCCAGCUAGUUCUAGAACAAGUCGCACUACUACGUCUAGUAUGCGACGGGCGAGGAUUGCCCGGGAACUAGAACGCCUUGAUGAAGAAAGGAAACUGAUGGAACGGAUGCACGAUGAGGAGUUUGCACUGCAGGAAAAGGCCAGGAAGGACAAGUUCGAACACGAGAAGCAAUAUUUAGCCAAAAGGUUUGAUUUGCUGCGGCAGCAAGAUGAGCAAGACGGAACAUCGAAUUCGGGUAGCAGUCGUCGUAGUCAGCAUAGUCACCAGGGAAGCCACCAAAACCGAGUUCAGGACUGGGUGGACGACGUCGCCAGAGUUAGCGAAGGCGCUGGCGAACAGGUACCAAUAACCACCGUAGUCGUCAACGAAAAGGACUUCGACCCGAAUGUCAUCGUUACCAACGAAGGUCACGCUUCAUCAACCCCAUUAAAAGCUCCGUCUUGUAAUGCUGGCAUUGGUCUAAUACCACCACCACCACCAUUACCAGUUCCAUUACGCCUGAAUGACAAGAGCCGCGAACUGAUUGCGACUCCACGUACCACCGGAAGUAUUGCGAUCGGGGAGACAGCCGACGAGGAUUCAGAAAGCGUGAUUGGAGCUGUUGGCGGGACAAAUCGUCCCAGGAUUUCACCGGUGCUGUCGUUCGUUGAUGUGGUAGGCCCCCUUGACGAUCUGCUGAACAAUCCGGUUGUGACGAAAUCCAAAACGGGCACGAUUCCGAAGUUGCAGACUCGUCCACCCUUCGAACAAUGGAGUUCUCGAACUAUCAACAACGAAUACGAAAAGGAGCGUGUAAAAGAAAAUGAUGUACGGAGGCAGCGGGAGCUGGAUUUGAUCGAUCAGCUUAACCGGCUCGAGAUGCAGAAAGAAGACGGGUUCCUCAAGAACCGAGAACUGGAACAGCAGAUGAAAACGCGAGAACAAGAACAGGAGCAAUUGGUUCUGCACAAACAACGUGAAUUGGUCAAAAUGGAACAACAGUUGCAACAUCAAAAGCAGGAGAAGGAAAAUUUUGUCCGGCAACAGCAGAAGGUUCUGAAGGAGCGUGAUGAGGAACUGGAACGCCUACGGAGAUUGGAGCAAGAAUACAACCAGUAUAGACGAACGAAGGAGUAUCAACGGGAGGACGACCGAGUUACAACUCUACGACCACCACUGGUUCAUUCCGCCGCCGUAAUGUCAAAGGCAGCCGAAUACCGUGACCGUGCAGAGCCUCCUCGGCAUGAAGACAUCUGUGGAAACCCGGUAAGUGAUGCUUUGCUAGGCGGUACUCAACCGCAUUCACAUGAUGUCCGAUUACAACACCGGAGCUUCGACGAACCUGGAAUCAACACUCCCGUGGGAGGGCGCUCAGAUAUUGAUGUAGAAAGUAGGGCGUUUGCUAGUCAAGAUUCUGUUAGGCCUAGUCAGAUACAAAAUCCAGUAUUGAACCCCUACCUCCCAGUCUCGACUCCGCCUGUAGUCAACAACGUCGCUAUUCCUCCCCAAUUGACUCCUACUCCCCAACAAUUAGCGGCCCGACAAGUGGUUAAUCGUGAAUUACCUAUAUUUGCGGGUGAUCCGAUUGAUUGGCCCCUAUUUAUAAGUAGUUAUAACCAUUCGACACACGCUUGUGGCUACUCAGACUCCGAAAUCUUGCUUCGUCUUCAAAGGUGUCUGAAGGGAAGUGCCAAAGAAGCGGUAAGUAGUUUCUUGCUCCAUCCCACAAAGGUGCCGCAAGUGGUUUCAACGUUACAACUCCUGUACGGUAGACCAGAGCAAAUCGUCCAGAGUUUGAUCGCCAAAGUACGUAACACGCCGGCACCGAAGAGUGAACGGUUGGACACGCUAGUAAGUUUCGGUCUCGUUGUGCAAAACUUAUGCGGGCAUUUGAAGGCCAUAGGAUUGGAAAACCAUCUUUCGAAUCCAGUUCUCCUCAAUGAGCUGGUCGAAAAGUUACCAACAGCAGUGAAGUUCAAUUGGGCCCUUCAUCAGAGUCAACUCGCGGUGGUCGAUCUGAGUGCGUUUGGGGAAUACAUGGCGAAUGUUGUGUCUGCGACAAGCUGCGUGGUAUCCUGGAAUGGAGUAGCGUCUAAGGUGGCCAAGGAUGACCGCUCCAAGGGUAAGGAUCGGGCGUACAUCAACACACACACACCAAACCGGGAAUGACAGGAAGACAUCAUGAAGUUGUCGAAGAAGGUCGCGCCACUUUCGUUACACAGCAGGAAGGACCCUAGAGCUCGGAGAAACCACAGACAUGUCCGUCGUGCAUGAAUAGGGGUCAUCUGGUGGAAGAUUGCGGACUGUUCAAGAGGAUUUCUAUUGACGAUCGUUGGAAGGUGGUAAAGGAGAAUAGACUUUGCGGUCGGUGUCUAACGUCCCACACACGUUGGCCUUGCAAGGGUCAAGUAUGUGGAAUAGAUGGGUGCCCAAGGCGACAUCAUCGUCUUCUCCAUGAUAAAAACUCAUCGGUGCCAACCAAAAUUGAUGCUGGAAAGAAUGCAACGAUAUCCCUCCAUCGGCAGCCGUCGUCCUUCAAUCUCUUCCGUAUUGUUCCUGUGACUCUUUACGGAAGGAAGGGAAAAAUGGACACCUACGCCUUCCUUGAUGACGGAUCGUCGGUUUCACUGAUAGAAGACAGAAUAGCUGAUACACUCGGAAUGGACGGUGUCGCUGAAUCUCUCUGUGUCCACUGGACUGGUGGAAUCAAGAAAAACUAUUCCAAUUCUCGGAUGGUUUCGUUAGAAAUUUCCGGCGAAGGGAAAGAUAGGCGGUACCUUGCAUCGGAAGUCUACACAGUGCGUAACCUUGAACUGCCUGAGCAAACGAUGAAGAUCGCUGAUUUGGCAAAGGAGUUCCAGCAUCUGAAGAACCUUCCGGUCCGGGAUUUCGAUGCAGCUGUUCCCGGUAUCCUUAUUGGCCACAACAACGUACAUUUGCUGGCUUGUCUAAAACUACGAGAAGGACGUAAACAUGAGCCGAUUGCCACGAAGACUCGUUUAGGUUGGGUUGUCUACGGAAGUCGACGUGGACCAGAUAUCAACUACCCGCGUUUGCAGAUGUACAUCUGCACCAAACAAGAAGAUCAAGAUUUGCACAAUUACGUUCGUAACUUCUUCGAAUUGGAAAGCUUGGGUGUAGCAGUUGUACCAGAGAUAAAAGGAUCGGACGAGCAACGAGCAUUGUCGAUUCUCAAUGAGUCAACGGUUCGAACACUCAGCGGUCGUUUCAAAACGGCUCUCUUGUGGAAAUACGAUCACUUCGAGUUUCCGGACAGUAAUCGGAUGGCGAUUAAGCGAAUGGAGUGUCUGGAACGGAGAUUGCGCAAUAACCCUGACUUGUAUAACAAUGUUCGGAAACAGAUGGCGGAAUAUCAGGAGAAAGGGUAUUCCCAUAAAGCCACGGCUGAAGAGCUACAACGGUUUGAUCCGAGAAGAACCUGGUUUCUCCCUUUAGGGGUUGUUCUAAACCCCAAGAAACCCAACAAAGUACGGCUCGUGUGGGAUGCUGCUGCCACAGUCGAUGGUAUAUCGCUCAACACAAUGCUGAUGAAAGGCCCCGAUUUGUUAACACCCCUGUUACACGUCUUGUAUACGUACCGUGAACGUGAGGUGGCCAUUUCCGCGGAUUUUUUUUUUUUUUUGUCUGUAUUAACGAGAUGUUUAACCCUAGGCUAGUUCAUCUCGGGACCCACGUUUUACUUCCCUUCCGAAGGAAGAACCCACAUUUUGUGAGUAUGUUGGGAGUGGGAUUCGAUCCGAGGUCCUCGGCGUGAUAGUCAAGUGUUCUAACAUUUCCGCGGAUGUAAAAGAGAUGUUUCAUCAACUUCUGGUGCGAGAGGAAGACCAGUGCUUUGCUGUACCUCUGGAGAAACUCUACGGAUCUUCCAUUGGACACGAUGGUCAUGGAUGUGGCGAUAUUUGGAGCAUCGUGUUCGCCCACGCAGGCACAAUACGUAAAAAAUGUAAAUGCUAUGGAAUACGAACAGCAAUUUCCUCGAGCGGUCCUCGCGAUAGUACGGCGGCACUAUGUGGACGAUUAUUUGGAUAGUGUCGACACCGUGGAAGAGGCUACGGAACUCACCUCACAAGUCAUGGAAAUUCAUGGUAAAGCUGGCUUUGUUAUCCGGAACUGGAUAUCCAACAAAGAAGCAGUCAUGAGGGCAAUAGGAGAAGUACAUCCUGCAGUGGUGAAGCAUUUUACUCCGGAUCAAGAAAGCAACGGUGAACGACUGCUGGGGAUGAUUUGGCGACCAAUAGAAGACAACUUUUCAUUCGCUUUGAAUUUCCGUGAGGAUUUGAAAGGCAUCUUGGAUGGCGACGUUGUUCCAACGAAACGACAAUUGCUCAGAAUCGUCAUGAGCAUUUAUGAUCCUCUGGAACUCGUUUCAACAUUCGUAGUUCAUGGAAAGAUAAUGAUUCAGGAAGUAUGGAGACUCAAGAUAGGCUGGGACGAAGAAAUUCCAACUAGCCUUUUUACUCGUCGGCAGCAAUGGCUCAUUCACCUGCGGGAAAUGGAUGAGAUUGAAGUACCGCGCUGCUAUUUUCCCGGCUAUGAAUCAUGCAGUCUUGAUACGCUUCAGUUGCACAUGUUCGUGGACGCUAGUGCGGAAGCCUACGCUGCGGUUGCAUAUUUUAGAAUCGUCGAUCGGGGAAAUGUCUGUUGCGCAUUGGUGUCCUCCAAAACGAAGGUGGUUCCGCUUCAGCCUCUAUCAACACCACAAGCAGAACUUCUCGCAGCGGUUCUAGGAGCACGUUUAAGGAAAACGAUCGAAAAAGGACAUUCGUUGAAGAUACGUCGAACCUAUUUUUGGUGCGACUCAUCCACCGUUCAUGCGUGGAUUACAUCGGAUCUUCGACGGUAUAGACAAUUUGUAGCGUUACGAGUCAACGAAAUCCUCAGCCUGUCUAAACCAGAGGAAUGGAGGUGGAUUUCGACGAAAUCGAACGUUGCCGAUAAGGCAACUAAAUGGGGGAAAGGGCCUUCGUUCUCCUCUGACAGCCGCUGGUAUCGCGCUCCGCAGUUUCUAUAUGAGUCCGAAGAGUUUUGGCCAGGAGAUCAGGAGUUUCGAAUUACCGAAACGGAUGAAGAAGUGAGACCAGCAUUUGUAGGCAAACACUCUGUGGUUGCAUGACACUCGUGCUUGUUGAACGUUUUUCGAAAUGGGAGCGGCUUUUUCGAUGUGUAGCUUAUGUGCUACGGUUCAUCAACCGCAUACGACCACAACGAAAGAUUACUACUCAAUACUCUACAGUGAGUCUGUCGAAAGAAGAAUUGUUAGAAGCGGAACGGACAUUGUGGAGAUCGGCGCAACAAGAAGCAUAUCCUGACGAGGUAAAAGUUUUGAAAUCAAGCAUGGAAGUUCCCCGAACACAACAAAAGUGUGUCGAAAAGAAUAGUUUGUUGUACAAACUGUUACCAAUGAUAGAUGAGCAUGGGGUUAUUCGUAUGAACAGCCGGCUAUGUGCAGCCGAGUUUUUGCCCUAUGAUACCCGAUAUCCAAUCAUCCUUCCAAAGGAUAGCUAUAUCACCCGUCUCGUCGCUGACUGGUACCAUCGAAACUACAAACAUGCUAAUGAUGAAAAGGUCAUAAAUGAGAUUAGACAAAAGUUUCACAUUUCGAAGUUGAGAGGGCAAUUGAGCUUCGUCAAGUAAAAUUGCAGUUGGUGUCGAGUCUACAAGGCACUACCAAAAGCGCCGCAAAUGGCGCCACUUCCACCGGAAAGGCUUACUCCGUUUGUUCGUCCAUUUUCCUAUGUAGGAAUAGACUAUUUGGUGCCAUAGCUGGUGAAAAUAGGAAGAGCUUCUGUGAAACGCUGGGUGGCUCUUUUUACGUGUUUAACGAUUAGAGCCAUUCAUUUAGAAGUCGCAUAAAAAAAAAGGCCAUUCGUAGAUUCGUCGCCCGGAGAGGUGCACCAUUGGAAAUUUUCAAGGACAAUGGAACAAAUUUCGUUGGAGCUGGGAGAGAACUGGCUGAGGAAAUAAGAAGGCUGAACGAUGAACUUAGCAGUACGUUUACGGAUACCCACACACAGUGGCGAAUCAAUCCUCCAGCAGCUCCCCACAUGGGGGGCUGCUGGGAACGGAUGGUGCGCUCGGUCAAGGUAGCACUCGGUAGCGUACCUACAACGCGGAAACUCGACGAGGAAUCCUUCUCGACCAUGCUAGCAGAGGCCGAAAGCAUGAUCAACUCUCGGCCUCUUACGUUCGUGCCACUUGCUAUUGAUUCGGAAGAAUGUUAACUCCAAAUCACUUCCUGAAGAUGAAUUCACGAGGGGUUAAACAGCCAGUCAAGGAUUCGGUUUGCGACGCUGUAGAUUGGAAGGAUAGUUGGUCUACGAUACAGAAGGUUUUGGAUCACUUUUGGAAACGCUGGUUGUUGGAGUAUCUUCCAACGAUUACAAGAAGAUCUAAAUGGUUUCAAGAUGUCCCGGGAAUCAAAGUUGGAGAUUUGGUAGUGAUUGUGGACGAAAGCAUUCGAAAUAGUUGGGCCAGAGGACGUAUUCUCCGAACUUAUGCAGGUCUGGACGGCACCGUCAGGAAAGCCGAUGUGCAGACUAAAGGAGGUGUUUUGCAACGUCCUGUAACAAAACUUGCUGUGUUGGACGUUGGCCGGCUUGAUGACGCAGAAGCGGAACUUCAGUCGUCAUGCGGGGGAGGAUGUUCCGGAAAGAUUCUACCCACAAUACCCCUCGUACAUCUCAAAUGAUCCAAUCAACGCAGUUUAUGAUCGCUACCUGAUACUGUCAGAGAUAGAUUUUCAAACGUAUGUAUAUGUUGGGUAGAUAACAAUAGGUAUGAACUGAAUCAAACCAUAUGUGCAUUAAAAGUAAAUUACAUCUUGUAUAAUUUUGGUAGGAUUAUCGAUUUAAUUAAAAAUGAAUUUGUUUAUUAAUCCGCGAUUUAUUAUAGAUUUAUUACGAUAAUUGCUUAAUUAGCCAAACGUUCAUCUGUAGUGAAUUGAAUCACUAGUGGAGACAAAUUGUAAGCCAAAAUGUUCCAUAAAAUACUGUCACCUCUAACAAAUACACGUAAUUACAGCUUCGAGCUACUCACAACACAAAAACGAGUUGCUAUCCAGAAGGUCCGAAAACUAGCUUCGCCACACUAAUUAACAACAUCUUCAUAAUCCCGCCCUUAUUUAGCCUCAAGUGAGACUAAAGAAGGGCAGCUGAUUGUCUCGGAGAAACACAAGGUCCACUGCACCAUUGCUCCGGUUAGCGCAGUAAGGGCUAUAUACUGUGGAGGGCGCCCAGGUACUCCACAGGCUCCGUUAGCGGUUAGGUUUUUAUAAGACCCCCCUAGCCAUUCAUUCCUAGGCACGGUAAGCAAAAAGCCGCAUCACACCAUGAAUUAGGGGUCACCUGUUGGUGGAUUCUUACCACCGGAACAGGCGGUCCGUAGUGUUAUUCUUAGCCAAUUGAGACAAUCGCUACCGACACUACACAGCUAUCUAGGCUGAUCGAGAAAAGAAGUUAAUAUUGAUGAUCAACUUCAUACGGACUCGAACAGCCGAUAAAACGUAACCCAGGUCAUCGGAGGCGCAUGUAUCCACCGGAGCACACAAGUGGAAUCCGUCCAAAAGUAUGCUUCACAUUCUACGUUGACAGGCCUUCUCGGAGGCAUCUGUGAAACAGUGUAGCUGAACGGAAACCGCAUUUUGAAGAACGACGCAACGUUUCACCCUUAUCUCGUUCAAAAGUGGCAAUUAAUCGUAAUAUUUCUUGUAGGUCUGUAAGUGUUUGAUUUGUUAAUUGGUUGUGUUGAAGGGAUUUUGUAUUUGUAUGUGCGGAAAUGAGUGUUUUUUUUAUUCCUAUUCGGGUUUGUCACUGCGACCAGUUUUUAGAUCUAUUGUGACAUUACCCGUAUCCUUAGUGUUGUGCAUGUCGCAUUACUCAAUUGCCAUUGAAGGGCAAUAAAGUAUCGAUUUUGAUACAGUUUUUGUUUUGUUUUCUUAGAAAACAAAACAAGAGUACUGAUAUUGGCCAUGCAUCGGAAACCUAGCAUCACUCUUGUUUCACUGCUAAAUUCUCCCCAGUAGGAAGUCUAGGAACCGGGAUAUAACAUUAGCAGCAAUAUCAUUCCAAUAAUGGAACAUGUGCACAGUAAUUAGGAUUCUAGUAUGUUCCUUGCGUACUAGCACUUUCCAGUCUUCGAAGAGUUAGUACAUACAUGGAUCCCUAACCCAAUUUGAUUUCCUUUGCAUUGAGUUUAGCCUCAGAUGGUGAGGUUUUUAACCAUAUGCAAAGUAAUGUUGGUAAACUUAGUUUUAUUCAAAAACUGGAAGUCACCAAAACACCAGUAGUAAGGACUAAAUACUAUAAUCCCUUGAAUUACCAGAACACAUAUUCCAAAAUUGAAAAAUAGAUCGACACUAGAUUUCGGUUUGGUAGAUCUUUCACCACAACACAACCCAAAAUGGCGAUCUACCCACGCUACGGGCUCCGUUAAAGAUCGAGCAUCUUUUAAACCCCCUCAACCAUUCAUCCCUCACCACGGGUCGCCUGACACCUUGGAUUGGGGUUACCUGUUUAGUGGACUUUUAUCCCCGGAACAGGUGGUCCGUAUUGCUUUUCUAAGCCGGCAGCAGGGGCAGCAGGGACGAAAGUCCUGGGGCCUGACGCACCCCCCCGCUUGCGAGUCAGCCGCGUAGUCGCCGGCUAAGAAUAGGACUACUAACCCCAAUUCAAGGUGUCAAGCGACCCGUGCUGAGGAAUGAGUGAUCGAGGGGGUGAAAAAGAUGCUCGAUCUUUAACGGAGCCUGUGGGGUACCUGGGCACCCCCACAGUAAGCUAUCCCUUACCGCGUUAAUGCAGGGCUCUGGCGUGGUGGACAUUCUUUCCCGUGCUACUCGUGGGAUUUAAUCAUGAAGUCAAAUAAACAAAACCAAUAUUUAGGUGGAAGUAGUGGUGGGAUCAACCCCUUCGCAAGAAGCGGGUUGAUGAGAUCUCCGACAAGGAGAAGUGAGGAGAUAGGCGCUUUGAGUUGCGUACGCAGCUCAAGCGUGGGUGCUCCAGUCCACUUCCCGGCAAGCAUGUGCAUCCCACAUGUUAGCAAAUCCCAUUUCCAAAUUUUAAGGGACCACUCUAGUGGCACCCCACAAAGAAAAUAGCAAACGUUUUACAAUGCCAUCGAACUGAUUUAUGCAGCGUAUGAAUAUAAGCCCAUAAAGCAGUUCGAUGACUUAAAGCCUGACCCGGCAAGAAAUAGGCUGGGAUCAUAUUACAUUCUGUACACGCAAACAGCGUGUGGUCGUCAAGCGCAAUUCGGUUUGGCGCAAUUAGCCUUCUCCGUAUCUCUCUCUCUGAACAUUCUCUUUUUCGGUAUCGACCACUGAUUGGUGAUCAAAUACAUAACAAUACAUAAGUGCUUUCAAGUGUCUCCAAACUAAAUAAGUGUCAGAAUAAUUUUGGAGAACUGAAUAAAUCAAUUCUGUCUUGACCCUCAAACCGAGAGGUUCGUUUGCCAUUUAAUUAUCGAAGAUGAUGACUACCAAAAGUUUACAUGGCUACCAAAGUGACAGGCUACCAAAGUGAAAAAGUGUGAAAAACAGUUGUGAAGAUUUUGAAGUGAAGAUUUUGCACCAUGACGGUGACAUCGAUCUUAAUUAUAAUGCUAGCAUUAAUUUUGAUGUGCGCAACAGUGGCAUUAUUGCAGCAAAUAAUCACCGAGUGGGCUAAAGGAAUGGAAAAGGCAAAAUUUGCCAUAUUAACGAACUAACUGAAGUGAAAUAAAACGGACAAGGAGCGUUAGAACAGUGUAGUUUGAGUGAAUCAGCAACAUGGGCACUACGGAGUCCAAGGACACGGAAAAUAAAGGUGACCCACAGGUCCAAGUACUCAAUAGAUUAGAAGUACACGAAAGUUUACUCCAGAAAAACGAUACUAAACUGAACAUGAUUCUAAUACUAGUAGUACUACAACUACUAAUCAUGUUUUACCGCAUGUAUAAGGAACAUUCACGGAAGCAAGCUUUAAUAGCUGCGAAGAGUGUGUCGGCUUUAAAUAAGCUAAGUGAGGUUUAAAAAAAAAACAGUGUCGAACUCGAAAAACGGUCAGUUUUUUUAGGCACCCAUCUCGCCUCUAAGAGAUAAACAGUGGGGCAGUAGCCCAUAAUAAAGAAAGCAGCCGAAUCUAACAUGAUGAAUAAACGCGAGACCCUUGCCUGAGGCCGGCAACAGUAGCAACGAAUAGCAGCAGAAAAGUGAAUCAUCAUUAAAAGCGAGCGUAGAGGAGUGCGCCUCCGCCGCAAGGAACAGCAAUUGAACCAGAAUUCAGCGUCGAGGAGUGCGCCUCCGCUAAACGGGUGGAAUGGUUGUAAGAUAAGUAAAGGAUUUGUUUUUACUUUUAAUGUUUAUAGAUAUAAGAUUAGCAAAAUAUUAAUGAUACAGCUUUUUUUUUUCCUUCUAAACCAUAGGGGGAUAAAUCUGCUCAACAGACACCCUAACAGGAAGGUUAGGGUAGUGUGGGGUUAAGGCCGUCUUCUACAAUGCCGGUAGAAGCCAGGACUACUCUCUCCUCGACCCACUAAAACACAUUCCUAUGGUCGCCAAACCCUACGUCUCUCCGGAACCACCAAGAAGGUAUUGCUUCAGAGAGGGGCUAGCGCAUAUCGCACCCUCAAGGUUAGCUGCCGGAGCCUAGCAGCAACGAACAUCGAUGACUCGCUUUGGAGAGUCCAUCACGGUAGCAUGCUGACGCUUAGCCAGUUUCCCGAGUGGUCCUCGCCACUCCCUUUGUCCUCGGAAGGCGGGCAGGGUCAACCCCGCCCGCGCCCUACUGCUGAGCGGACAUCAAGAACUGAUGCCCACAUGCAACCCGAUCUGACCUGCUGAAGGCAAGGGUAUCACUACCCUUCAGGCCUUAUCAGAUGCAUCCGUAGGUUGCAGACAGCAGGGUCUCACCUACCCCGACCCUUGCCGGGGACCCCUUUCCAACCGCGGGCUCAGAUCCAACCCAGUAGACUGACGCCACGACAGCACCGCUACCGGGACUUCCUCUCCGCGGCCACUUAAUCGCUGUAAGGGUCGAUCUCGACCGCAGGGCACCGGUAUGACCUACGAAGCCGACUUCGAACCCCUGGACCACCUCUUGUACUGCAUCUGGACUAGCCAUUCUCCGAGUCCACGCGCCACCUCCUUUGUAGCUCCCAGACGAUAUGGGUGAUAGCCGUUGAAACGGCAUUCCAGCUAAUCUCAUCCCUACACAUUCUCUGGACCAAGUUGUCCGGAGUUGUGUCCUCCCCGCAUGUGGCAAGCAUGCGGUCACGCAUUGUGCGAAAACGCGGGCACACGAACAAAACGUGUUCCGCCGUUUCCUCUAAACCAUUGCACACUGAGCAUUCGGGAGAAUCCGCAUGCCCGAAACGGUGUAGAUACUGUCGGAAGCAACCAUGACCUGUAAGGACCUGUGUCAGGUGGAAUGAAACUUCCCCAUAGCGCCUAUUAAUCCAACUAUCUACCCUCGGUAUCAACCUAUGGGUCCACCUUCCUUUGGUGGAACUGUCCCACGCGCGCUGCCAUUUGACCAUAGAGGCCAUCCUGACAGUCUUGCGUAUGCCUCUUGUGCCGCGCAUUUCGAAGCACUCCAUAUCCUCACUGAUAAGAAUGCUGAUGGGCACCAUACCAGUAAUGACACAGAGAGCGUCGUGUGACACGGUACGGUACGCGCUUGCAACCCUCAGACACAUAAGCCUGUAAGUACUUUCCAGCUUCCGUCGGUAGCAUUCAGUACUUAGCGCGGUACCCCACGCCGGGCCGCCAUACCUAAGUAUGGACGUAGCAACACUAGCCAGAAGCUUGCGCUUACUGGCGUAUACCGCUGAGCUAUUGGACAUCAUCCGGGACAGUGCCGCAAUAGCUGUGGAGGCUCUUUUACAGGCAUAAUCGACGUGGCUACCGAAGGUAAGCUUAUCGUCGAUCAUCACGCCCAAGUGCUUGACAGAGCGCUUCGACAGGAUAGUGCACUCUCCUACACUGAUCUCCGUCUGCUGCGCCGACUGCAUGUUGUUCACGACCGUCACCUCUGUCUUGUGGUGAGCCAGCUCCAGUUUUCUGGACCGCAUCCACGCCUCCACAACCUUGAUCGAGUGGUCGGUAGUCAACUUCACCUCCUCGAACCGAAACUCUUCAAACAAAAUUUAAAAAUAACAGCAGAAAACCUCAUAGCUAAACUCGCUGCAAUUAAACAAACGUGACUGACUUUUGUGAACAAGUCGACAAAAUUAUCGCGCAGCUAAAAUCGGUGUAUUUGGGUGACAACAUACCUGAAGCUACAGCACAGAAAAUGGCCACAAAACAUGGCGUAGAUGCUCUCAUCAGGGGCGCUAAGAACAAUGAAGCACGAAUUGUUCUUAAAGCAGGUAAUUUUACCAAUAUGAUUGACGCAAUCCAGAAAUUGCAAGAAAAUGCAUAAUCCAGCCCAAUUACUGGAGAAACAAGUCAAAAUAUUUUUCGAAUAAUUUGGACAUCAAGAGAUGGAGCUCGAGGUCGUGCUCGAGCCCACCAAACGCAAAAUAAUCGCGGCAGAUUUCAACAGCACAACAGUGGAAAUUUCCAUCAGCACAACCAUGGAAAUUUUGGUCACAAUCGUGGAAGUUUCCGUCAAAGCAGAGGAUAUCAGCGAUAUCCACAUCAAAGAGGAGGUUGGUCAAGUCGUGGAAAUUCAUUUCCAAAUCGUGGAUUUCCUUUAUCAAAUCAUGGAAUGUUUAUUGCCCAAAGUGCAAACGAAGGAUAUCAACAACAACUGCCAAGCUCUCAGCAGCAAAUACCCCCUUUAGUAUCGCCCGUGAACUAUCAGCAACCACAACGCCCUUUAGGGGUACAAUCAAUACAGCAACACCCUUUAGGGGUAACGUUCGGGCAGCAUACGCAAUAAAUGUAGCUGCCUCGAAUUUCGUAUGUCUUAAUAUUGAUGCAUCAGAAACACCGUGCAUCUUCAUGGUGGACAGUGGGUCCGAUAUAUCAGUCUUAAAAGCAAACAAAGUUAAACCAAGCCACAUUUAUCGUCCAACAAACAAAUGCAACGUAAUCGGUAUAGGGAAUGGAACAACAUCCACUCUAGAGACACUUUAGUGCAAAUCAAAAUUUAUAACCAAAAUCUAGCCCAAAAUUUCCACAUCGUGGACGAAAAUUUCCCAAUUCCUACCGAUGGAAUUCUCGGUAGAGAUUUCCUUGCAGGUUGGAAAUGCAAUAUUGAUUAUAAUACCUGGAUAUUGUCAAUCAGAACUUCAGCCAACACCCUCGAAAUCCCUAUAACCAAUCACCUGAGAGGUAAAUACUUUAUUCCACCACGAUGCGAAGUAUUAAAACGACUGCAUUUCGGCAAUAUUGAGGAUAGCGUUACCCUAGCACAGGAAAUUCAACAUGGAGUUUUCUGUGCUAAUGGCAUAAUUAGCACAAAUUACCCUUAUGUUAAAAUCAUGAACACUUUAGAUGAAACGGUGCAGAUUUCAAAUGAUUUUAUACCAAAACUAGUACCAAUCUCAAAUUACGAAGUAUUUAAUAUAAAUAAAUCAGCAAACAAUACUCACAGGAAGCAAGCACUAUUAAAUGAAUUGAAAUUGAACAUAACUGAUACAAAACUCAAAGGCAAGCUCGAAAAUCUUUUUGAAGAGUUCAGUGAUGUUUUCGCAUUGACCGACGACGAAUGACAGAAAAUAAUUUUAACAAGCAAACGAUACAUCUAAAUGAUCCGAGUCCCAAAUUACAGGAUUCCGGAAGCACAAAAGCAUGAGAUGGAAAUUCAAGUCCGAAACAUGCUGAAAAAUAAAAUAAUUCAAAACUCAGUUUCCCCGUACAAUAACCCAAUACUUCUAGUACCGAAGAAGUCCGCUACGGGCGAUAAAACUUGGCGCCUAGUAGUGGAUUUUCGCCAAUUAAAUAAAAAAAUAAGCCCAGAUAAAUUUCCAUUGCCAAGGAAAGAUGAAAUCUUAGACCAACUAGGACGAGCGAAGUCUUUUUCUAAGCUCGACCUUAAAUCUGGAUUUCAUCAAAUCCCGUUAAGUGAAGAAAGCAAAAAAUAUACAGCUUUCUCAUCGAAUUCAGGGCACUAUGAAUUUAACCGAUUGCCAUCCGGACUGAAUAUAAGCCCGAAUAGCUUUCAAAGAAUGAUGACGAUUGCAUUAAGCGGUCUUCCUCCCGAAACUGCAUUCCUAUAUAUCGAUGACAUCAUUGUCAUCGGGUGCUCAAUGAAUCACCAUAUUGCCAAUCUUAAAGAAGUUUUUCAACGUUUGAGGAAAUACAACCUCAAACUUAACCCUCACAAGUGCAAUUUCUUCAAAGCAGAUGUUACCGUAAUCCGGGGUCAAAUUGAUCACUUUAAAACAACUUUUGCGGAUAACAUCAUUAACAAUUCAAAUAUUGCCAAAAGAAUUUUUGUAAAACCAGUACCCAGUGGAUCUCCAUGAAACCAUGUGACAGAAUUUUGUUCAACAAAUUUAAACUUUAAGUUAAAUAAUUCCAAAAAUCCAACAAUUGGAAAUGCCACUUUGGGGCGAAAUUGAUCAAUAUACAAUUAAGCAUCGGUUGGAAAGGAAAAUUUCCUUCUCCGCUUAAUUUUGCUCUUCUAAAACCGAAUAACGCGUUUAAAAUCUUACAACUAGUUAAUUUAAUACUUUAAAUGCAAAAUUAAAUUUUGAAAUUUCCCCUUAAAUGCCUAAAGGUAGGCAAUUUCAUUUGAAAUAAGUGAUUUCUAUCACAAUAAAUGACUAUUUUAUCAUAAAAUGAAACUUUUACUUACUAUGUCAUGUUCUGAUUAGCUACAUAACUUCCCAACCAAGGCUACACAAAAAUGUUAAAACAGAGAAUUUAAGGGAAGUCCUAUUAGCAAUCGAUUGUUUAGUAGGAAUGAUUUCAGCUAAAUGAGAAAUACAUUGCAUAUUUCUUCAAAAAUAAGGCAAAACUAACUUUUUUCUAUAAAAAUAAAAGUCUACACUCAUCUCUAGACAUCUACGAACCAGAUGACGUAAAAAAUUUAAGACCAUUACGACGCUUAAGAGUUCCUAGUAUGGAAUUACAAUGUAGUACCCGAAUGAUCAAUUUCACCCCGUUGAUCAAUUUGACCCCGGUUUACGGUACCUAUUUAGGGCAUCAUAUAUCCGCAAGCGGAAUACAACCUGAUAAAAAUAAAUAUACAGCCAUUAUGAAUUUUCCUGUACCAACGAAUACAGACGAAACUCGUCGAUUCGUUGCUUUUUGUAAUUAUUAUCGUCGUUUUAUACCAAACUUUGCUCUUAUUACAAACCCGCUCAAUGUACUUCUAAGAAAAAACGUACCAUUUCAGUGGAGUGAUGCUUGUCAACAAGCAUUUGACUCCCUUAAACGGUCUUUACUAUCACCAAAUGUCCUAAAAUUUCCCGACUUUAGAAAAGAAUUUAUUUUAACUACAGACGCCUCAAAUGUAGCCUGUAAAGCAGUUCUUGCUCAGCUACAUGAUGGUGUUGAACUACCUAUUUCAUUCGCCAGUAAAGCUUUUACAAAAGGCGAAUCCAACAAAUCUACAAUCGAACAGGAGUUGACCGCAAUCCAUUGGGCGGUUCAACAUUUUCGACCAUACCUUUACGGUCGUAAGUUUAAAAUAAGAACGGACCAUAGGCCUCUUGUUUACCUAUUCUCAAUGAAGGAACCUUCUUCCAAACUCACCCGAAUGCGACUGGAUUUGGAGGAAUUUGACUUCGAAGUGGAAUAUAUAAAAGGAAGGUCUAACGUAGUAUCAGAUGCUCUUUCGAGAAUUCAAAUUUGUACUGAAUCUCUCAAACAAACAGGCAAAAUUUUUACUUUUCAAAAAAUGUUCAACUAGCUGUAACUUUUCGAAAAGUGCAUCGAAUAUUCUCAAAUUUUUACUGUACACGCUAACGCCGCUCAGCACAAAAGUGCAUAAUUUCCAGACUACACCAAAAAUGUGUAACCCUUGCACAUUCACAAAAUCAGCUCCUGUGUCCGCAAUAUUGUUAAAUUCGCAAAAAUUUCUGUACAGCAAUCUAGCUAGGUUUACUAGUGACCUUGGAAAACAAAAAAAAUCGACUUUUCGCAUCUAGACGAGUGUACGAGCUGUUUUUUGAGAAUGUGUAACUGUUACACAUUUUUGUGUGGUCUGGAAAUUAUGCACUUAUGAGUAGGGCUUACACAUUUUAGUGCUGAGCGGUUUUACUGUGUAAGUUCAUCAACUAGUUGUGUAUCAGUGGUCCAAAUUUGAAAAAGAUCGGGCUAUUUUCCACGAAGUUAAAAACAUUCUUCAAAAAGGUAAAAUUAUCCGAUAGCCAAUUUUUAACUGUUAUAUCUCAGAAUUCAAUGAACUGAUUUCAAUGAAUUUUUGUCCAUUCAUGACUUAUAUAAUGACCUCUAAAAGACGUUUGACUUAUCUUGAAAAUUUUAACAAGAGGAAAAGUUAUAGCGAUUUCAUUUAUUUCACGAUUUUUUAGUAAAUUGAUCUAUUUUUAAUGUACAUCCCAUUACUUUCUCAAUUUGUUGUCGGCUAUGUUGUUACUUUCCUUCAAAACACAUUUAUAUAUAUAUAAGUCAUUUAGAGGAAAUUUAAAUGAAGUAUAAUUUGCAUCUUGAGUUUUGAAACGAUGUUUAAGUUUUGGAUAAUUUGGUGUUUUAUUAGAAAAAUAAUCUAUCCGUUAUAAUUUUCUUUCGUGUUAAGAAUUUUAAGUUAAGUCAAAAGUUUUUGAUUCCAUCAUUAUGUAAGAAGUCAUAAUUGGUCAAAAUUUCAUUUCAUUCGGUUUAUUGAAUCCGGAGAUAUAACAGCUCAAAGUUGGCUAUCGGAUGAAUAUACCUUUUACUUAGAAUCUUUAUAACUUCGUGCAGAAUAGCCCGAUCUUUUCCAAAAUUGGACCACUAAUACACAACUAAAUGAUCAACUUACAGUAAAAAAUUUAGAAUAUUUGAUGCACUUUUGGAAAAGUUACAGCUACAUGAAAAGUUUUUGAGAGGUGAAAAUUUUGCCUGUCCCGAUCAUUUUGUCUAUCCCCUGUAUGUAGUAACACGAUCCAUACAUAAAAGGCAAAACAGUGUUACACAUCCUAACGUUCAGUUACAAAAGCCUGAUCAACUUUUUGUGUACGAAACAGUUAGUAAUGAGGAAGCUUUUGUUCUGCCGAAACUAAGUUUUGUACAUAAUAUCGAUAAUUCACUAGAUAUAGUAAUUUUUAAUAAAAAUUAUACUAAGGGAACGGCCUUCGGGCUGAAAAUCCAAAGUAAUAACGACAAUAUAAAUAAAAUAGUAACAAUACAAACAAUAAUGAAGGAAAUUGAAAAGGGGGCCACAAAAAUAACAAAUAAAAGAAACAAUUCAUACAUGCUAGCGAUCGCAACAAACGAUCUUAUAUUCAAAUACAUUGAUAUUCAAAAAUUUAAACAAAUCGGUAAUGAUAUUCGAAGGAAUACGACCAUAUUAUUAUUCGAAAAACCUAGGCUUUUGACAAGUCAAGAACAGGUAAAUAAUGUACUAAACAAGUUUCAUAACUCGCCCACAGGAGGACACCUAGGUAUUAACCGGUUAUACCGAAAAGUGAAAUCCAUGUACACGUGGUAGAAUAUGAAAGAAACCAUAUCAAACUACGUCAAAUCUUGCGUAGAAUGUAAGCUUAAUAAAAAUUUUCCUUCAAUUAAAUCUAAAUUAGUAAUUACAUCAACACCAGUCAAACCUUUCGAUGUUCUGUCGAUAGACACUGUUGGACCAUUUUCACUUAAGGACUGUUCAUUAAAGAAAGUGGACAUCUGUUUACCAAUAGUUUAGAGUUAAAACUAAACAAAAAAUUGUGAAUUCUUUCUCAGUGUGUAAAAACAUUGUUCACCUUGGCAACACACUCAAAGAAAACGGAAAAAGUAAGAAAUUUCGAGCGAUAGGUCGUAUUAGCUUUGCGACUAGCAGAUUAAUUCUGCACAAAUGGUGUUCCAAAAAGUUGUCGUUUCGAGAAUUAGCUUACUAAUACACUUCCGGAACCACAAUUUUUUAACGCUAAGCAGGGGACAGAUGUGCCAGAUGAUGUAGGGUACAUCAGAACUGAAAAAAGUUUUUGGUGUGGCAAGCCAAUUGUUCAUGUGGCUUAAAGAGUUCUUCGUAUUUCACAACGGAAACAAUUAACGGUAAAAAUAACAAAAAGGAAUGCAUCAAAAACGACUUCUACCCAUCUACCGAAAACAUACGGAUCCUCUUUUGUUUUAGGCGGAUCUGUCAUCCGUUUAUUACGCUUCUUCUACACUACACGCUAUGUCUGAAUUAGAAGAUUAUAAAAAAUGAAUGUACAUCUGGUUUCUUUCCACAGGAUAUCAGAAUUCAUGCUAUAUUAUCAUAUGCAGAAACUUUUAAAAGAUUUCAUCGGGGAAAUUUUGAUUUUUUCAUCUUUUUAGCUGUAUUUUGUAUGAAAAAAAUUUGGAUGAAAUUCUCGUUUUCAACCAAUUUCUCUCCCAUACAAAAUGUAUGGAAAAAUUUUCACCGAUAGAAUAUUUUUAAACCUUCUGCAAAUGAAAAUAUAGGUUGAAUACUGAUGUUCUGCGGAAAAAAAUCCGAUGUACAUUCAACUUUUAUAAUCUGCUGCUUCAGACAUAGCGUGCACUAGAGAUGCUCAAGACGGAAAAAUGUCGAUUUUGUCGAAAAAUGGCAAAAUCCACAAAACUACCCUGAACAGCGUCCUGUGGAAAGAUACUGGACAAUAAUUAAGCGGCAUCUCAAGAAAGAUGGAAGAGAAGCAAGUUCUGUUGAUUGCUUCAAAAAAAAAAAAAAAAUGGUCUGCGGCACAACGAAAAAUUACAGAGAAAGUUGUGCAGAAUCUAAUGGGAGGUAUCAAGAGGAAAGUCCGAGCGUUCUUCCGAAAAGCGAAGCAAAUGUUCAAACUCACGUGAAUUCGGCCACAUGUAUGUUGAUUGUCAUUUAUAAAACAUAAACCUUUGAAUUUGUUCGAAAAUACAUAUUUUCUAUUGAAAAACAGGUGUCCACUUUCUUUAAUGAACAGUCCUUACUGAGAAUGGAAAUCGUUACGCUGUAACUAUGCAGUGUGAUUUUACUAAAUUCGUAAUAAUCGUUCCGAUACCAGAUAAAUCUUCAUACACAAUAGCGAAAGCAGUUGUCCAACAUUGCAUUUAAAACUUCGGACCCAUGAAAAGUACAAAACCCGAUCAAGGACAGGAGUAUAAAAGAGUGUUCGACGAAAUAUGUAAGCUACUAUAUAUAAACCAUACAUGUUCUACCGCAUAUCAUCCACAGACGAUAGGAGCAUUAGAAAGAAACCAUAGGUGUUUAAACGAAUACCUACGGAUUUUCUCUAAUGAAUCCAAAUCAGAUUGGGAUGAAUGGAUACCACAUUACUGUUUUUCAUAUAGAGGGUGAGUCGAUAAUUAUUGUGCCAUUUUCAAACUAACGUAACUUUUUUCCUACUUCACCAAAAUCAACCAAAUUUUGUACAGUUUCUCCUUAGAGUCCAUUGUUUACAUAAAAUUAAUUGAGCAGUUAUCAGUGAGAUUCCACUCGAUAUAGAAUAAAUUUAGUUCACAGUUCUAAAAAAGAUGUUGUACAAUCACAUGCUAAAAUCUAAAAUCAUGGUAUAGCGCCUUGGAACAAUUGAUGAUUAUACAAUAUCGGAUCAUCUUAACGUUCGUCAAUAGGUUUCAGGAACGGUUGUCAGUGAAACAUAAGCUUGGAGCUGGGUGAAAAUCAGGCACGAUGCGCAUAAACAAACCAGAGAGCUUUAAUUAUUUGUUGCAAGUGGAACCUGAACAUGUCCACAUGGAGGGCGUUAAUUGAAAAUGUCGUGAAUUUCACUAAAACGCAUCCUAAAUUUGAACCUAUACCAAAAAGUUGAAAUACAUACAUAUACGAAACUACAGCAAAAAAUUGGUUUCAUUUCGUUGACUGUAGACAAUUUGCGAAUUACUUGAAGGUAUGGUGGCACAAUAAUUAACGACUCACCCUUUAAUACUACACCGAGUGCAGACCAUGAAUACACACCCUUUGAGCUCAUUUUUGGAAGAAAGUGCAAUGACAUACAAUUUUUGGCAACCCAAAAAAUUGAUCCACUUUAUAACCAUGAUUCAGACAAUCACGAACUGAGAUAUAGAUUACAGAUUGCUCAUUCAAAAGUUUUGCAGAAAAUAGUAAAAAGUAAAACACUAAGGACAAAUCGAAUGAACGAAAACAUUAACACUUAUGUGGCCGGCAGGGUACCCGGGUACCUUUUUCAAUUUCAAAUCUCGUGGGAAUAAGUAUGAGCAAAAAUUCGAAAAACAACAUAGGUGGAAUUAGUGGUGCGGUCAACCCCUUCGCAAGAAGCGGGUUGAUGAGGUCUCCUACAAGGAGAAGCGAGGAGUCAGGUGCUGGAAGCUGCUUACGCAGCUCAAGCGUGGGAGCUCCUGUCCACUCCACGGCAAGCCAGCCGGCGGAGGUCAUGGACGGAGCAUGGUUGCUGAGGGCCAUCAGCCAAGUGGCAGAAAAAGGACGGCCCGCAUUAGAGGUAGCUGAGCAGCAGCUUGGCAAAAUUAUCGACUUCGCGACAACUAAGUCAAACAUAAGCAAGGACCUGAAAACGGCCUUGCUUCGGCUUAGAGCGUCUGUCGAUAAUGCCAAGCAGGAGCACGCGGUUGCGUUGCUGGCUGCAGCAGCGGCGGAACCCGCAAAGUAGAAAGCGUCUAAGUUUACACAAACGGAGGCCUUCUCCUUCGCGGAUAGUCCGAAGAGAGUGGAAGCGAAUGCUCGCGACAAACGCGACAAGCAUUCGCAGAAGCGGGCGAGGCAGCCGUCAGGUGAGGAGCUGUCUGGCGGCGCCCGCAAGGCCAGGCGUAUAAUAACCCCGAAAGCCGGUGGUUAUGCCGGAAAGUCGGACCCCAGCCAGGGUUCCCGGAAAGCUGGGAAGGGUGGGCCUGAAAAGGCUGGCCCGUCCCGGAAUGAUGGGAACAAGGGGUUGCGACCAAUGGUGGGCCCUCAGCAGCCACAGAGCAGGGCGAUCCAAGGAGAAGACCCUCCUUGGACAAAGGUAGAGCGGAAGAAGAAGAAGAAGGUGAAUCCGCAGGUAGAAGUGCAGGACGCCAAGCCAAGGCGUAGGAAGGCAGGUGCCAGGCGUGAGAAAGGCGACGCUAUCGUCAUCAAGACGGAACAGUCCAAGUACUCGGCCGUCUUGAAGACGAUGCGAAGCGACGCCAAGCUUGAGGGUCUUGGAGCCGACGUACGCAGUAUUAGACGUACUCGUACGGGUGAGAUGAUUCUGGAGCUGAAGCGCCAGAAGGAGCACAUGGGCGCCGCCUACAAAAGGCUGGCAGAAGAGGUCCUUGGUGAAGGUGUGCAGGUGAGGGCUCUGACACAUGAGGCGACUCUGAAGGUCAAAGACAUUGACGAGAUCACCGAAGUGGAAGAGCUCGUCACGGCACUGCGGCAACAGUGCGAGGUGCAGGUGGCCGCCGCAGCCGUUAAGCUACGGAGAGGGCCAGCAGGGACACAGAUAGCUUUGGUUCAGCUACCUGUGGCGGAUGUUAAAAAGUCCGUUAAAGUAGGGAGUAUUAAGGUGGGCUGGUGUGUAUGUCACCUGACAUUCCACGAGCCACCUGAGGUUUGCUUCAGGUGUCUGGAACCGGGACACAAGUCGUGGGACUGCAAAGGCCCCGACAGGCGCAAACUGUGUAGGCGAUGCGGCGCUGAAGGUCAUAAGGCCCAAAGCUGCACGAGUCCGCCCAUCUGCAUGAUCUGUACCGGGAAAACCUCGAAAAACAGACAUCCGAUGGGUGGUCCAGGGUGCCCGGCCUUUAAGAAAACCGCAGUGAAUAACAAAUCACAGUGCAGGUAACGCAGCUGAACCUGAACCACUGUGAUGCGGCUCAGCAACUGCUUUGUCAGGCGGUUUCUGAGUGGGAGACGGAUAUCGCCAUCAUUUCGGACCCAUACCGAGUACCCGCCGGCAACGGCAACUGGGCCUUGGAUGGGACCAGGAAAAUGGCGGCGAUAUGGACGAUGGGUAAAUACCCCGUGCAGGAGUUGGUGUCUACUACCUACGAGGGCUUCGUGGUCGCCAAAGUAAACGGGGUCUUCUUCUGUAGCUGUUAUGCGCCUCCGCGGUGGCCGAUCGAGCGGUUCACGCAAAUGCUGGACCGCUUAACGACCGUGCUAACAGGGAGAAGGCCGGUGGUAAUAGCGGGUGACUUUAAUGCCUGGGCCGUGGAAUGGGGAAGCCGUUUCACGAACCAGCGCGGUCAGAUCCUGCUAGAAACACUGGCCAUCUUAGAUGUCGACUUGGCUAACGUCGGUACCAAGAGUACCUAUAGUCGAAACAGAGCGGAGUCAAUUAUUGACGUGACCUUUUGUAGUCCUGGCCUAACAAGUAGUUCGAACUGGAGAGUAGAUGAUGGCUACACUCACAGCGACCACCUGGCGGUUCGCUACAGUAUCGACUACAACAACAGCAGACAGCGGAUAGAAGAAGAGGCGACUAGGCCAAGGCCAAGCCCUCGUAGGUGGAAGACAUCAUACUUCGACGAAGAGGUAUUUGGGGAAGCGCUCCGCCGUGAGCGAAACUUACUCGGUUUAGACGGCGACGAGCUGGUAGCGGUGCUCUAACGUGCGUGUGAUGCGACCAUGCCUAGGCGAGUCCACCCUAGAAAUGGGAGGCCACCGGCUUACUGGAGGACCGACGCGAUUGCGGACCUGCGCCGCGCCUGCCUAAGGGCUAGGCGGCGGAUGCAGCGAGCACGAUCAGAGGAAGAGCGAAACGAACGGCGGGUGAUGUUCGCCGCUGCAAAAGCCGCGCUCAAGACCGAGAUAAGAGCAAGCAAAAAGGCCUGCUUUGAGGGUCUCUGUCAGAGUGCCAAUACGAACCCGUGGGGUGACGCCUACAGGAUCGUUAUGGCCAAGACGAGAGGUGUGAUGGCUCCUACAGAGCAAUCUCCAGAGAUGUUGGAGGGGAUCAUUGGAGGACUUUUUCCGCGUCAUGAUCCUAGUCCUUGGCCUCCUUUCGUAGGAAAGCCGGGGACUGGGGCUGGCGAUGAGGAAAGGGUCACCGAUGUGGAACUUGCGGGGAUAGCUAAGUCCCUUAGCGUAGGUAAGGCCCCAGGUCCGGACGGAGUUCCGAACCUGGCCUUAAAAGUAGCUAUUGCAGAAGCUCCCGAGAUGUUCAGGUCUGCUAUGCAGAAAUGCCUGGACGAGGGAGUUUUCCCUGAAGCUUGGAAGAGGCAGAGCCUGGUACUAUUGCCAAAGGCGGGGAAACCACCCGGAGACCCGUCGGCAUAUAGACCAAUAUGCUUGAUUGACACGGCGGGGAAGGUGCUCGAAAAGAUCAUCCUCAAUAGAAUGUUGAAGUUCACUGAGGGCGUAAAUGGUCUCUCGAGCAACCAGUAUGGCUUCCGGAAGGGGAGGUCCACCGUAGACGCUAUCUUGUCGGUUACAAAAACCGCCGAGAAACACUCGAGCCUAAGAGGAGGGGAAUUCGCUUCUGCGGGGUAGUGACUCUGGAUGUAAGGAAUGCAUUUAAUAGCGCCAGUUGGGCUGCUAUUGCCGAUGCGCUCCUGCGUCUGGGGAUACCGGAGUACUUGUACAAGAUUCUCGGAAGCUACUUCCAGAAUCGCGUACUAGUUUACGACACGGAGGUGGGUCGGAAGUGCUUUCACAUAACCUCAGGAGUCCCGCAAGGUUCCAUCCUGGGUCCGGUGUUAUGGAAUGUCAUGUACGACGAGGUGUUGAGGUUAGAGUACCCAGUGGGAGUGGUGAUUGUUGGAUUUGCCGACGAUAUUACGCUCGAAGUCUACGGUGAAACGAUCGAGGAGGUGAAGUUGACUACCGACCACUCGAUCAAAGUUGUGGAGGCGUGGAUGCGGUCCAGUAAACUGGAGCUGGCUCACCACAAGACAGAGGUGACGGUUGUGAACAACAUGCAGUCGGCGCAGCAGACGGAGAUCAGUGUAGGAGAGUGCACUAUCCUGUCGAAGCGCUCUGUCAAGCACUUGGGCGUGAUGAUCGACGAUAAGCUAACCUUCGGUAGCCACGUCGAUUAUGCCUGUAAAAGAGCCUCCACAGCUAUUGCGGCACUGUCCCGGAUGAUGUCCAAUAGCUCAGCGGUGUACGCCAGUAAGCGCAAGCUUCUGGCUAGUGUUGCUACGUCCAUACUUAGGUAUGGCGGCCCGGCGUGGGGCACCGCGCUAAGUACUGAAUGCUACCGACGGAAGCUGGAAAGUACUUACAGCAGUGAUUCCCAAAUCGCCCUUGGGGGCGAAAAUCACGCCCAAGGGGGCAAAAAUUUUAGAAAUACAAAUUGGGGGGCGAAAAUACUAAAAAGAGGGGCGAUUUUUUCAAUGAUUGGAAAACAUCGAAAGUAUUGAAUUACUAGGCGAGAAAGGGAACUGAAUCAUAAAAACUCCCUGACAUUCAAGCUUACAGUUCAAGUUUUGUCUAGGAUAAUAAAAAAAAUGCUGUGACUAUUAAACAAAAGCAUCGACUUAAUUUUACAGAAUUAUUGGAAUUUAUGUGGACUCUUUGGCAAAAUUGCUUGACAAGACCGCUACACGUAUUUCUGAAGGCUUUGUGUGGUUCUGGAAAUCUAAAUAAAAAUAUAUUUGAAAACUCCUAUAAUGAACAUUCGUGAAUCGUGAUUAGUUUUUGUCAAAAUUAUGAAAAGAGCAUAGUUUUUUUCGGGAAAUGAUGAGAAAAAUUGCAUUUCAUGGAAUUUCCAAGCAAAAACAUGACUAUCAGCAAAAUUUUAGAACAUUUUGCUGAUUAAAUUCGUAUCACAGUGUUUACAAUCAACUGUGUUUGAAAAUAUUUCAGAGAAGCGUCUCGGAGGAAUUCCAAAUUUUACUGAAGUUAAUUUGAAAACAUUCCAAAAAUUCUGCGUAAAAUUCCAUUUAAAUCUAAUCAUGAAUGCUGCAUAUUUAUUUAUUUGAUAUUUUUUUAAAACACAGAAAGCAUUCAAAUUUAUACGAAGCUCGUUGAUUUGAAUCUGGAGAAACGUAACUACAUUUGAAAAUACACCAAUAUUUAUUAUUAUUAUUUUUCUUUAUUAUCGAGAUUUUCAGCCCUCGACAACACACCGAUAUUUUUCUGCGUUGCACUUUUACAUAUCAUAUGUU